AUGGAGUAUGCCAGCGAAGUAUUGAAGAUUGCACUUUCUGAAACGGUAGUUGUCCUAAAAGUUCUCAACAUUUGGCGUUUUGCACCUAAUGCGGCAAAGUUGCUGCAUGAAUGGGAGCAGAGUGAAUUUUUCGUGCCUCGCACGCCACAAGAACAAUUAAUGUGGCGACGUGCGCAAAACGCUUACAAAAAAGUAUUGGCUUUUUAUAGGAUUUGGAGCAUAAUUUGCGUGCUUUUAGCUUUCCUGUCAGUUGUUUUCAUGGAGACACCUCAGCUACCAGUUCCGUAUUGGAUUCCAAUCAAACAUUGGCGAGAAGGCAAUGGCUGGCCGUUAUAUUUGUAUGAUUUCGUAGCCGUGAUAUUCACUUGUUGUUGCAAUAUUGAAAUAGAUUCUUUACAAUGUUAUUAUCUAUUGCAUUUAACACUUUGUUUGCGGCUCAUCGGUUUAAGAAUGGCGCGCUUGGAAGAUGCAGGCGAUGAUGUGGAAAUUACCAGCGAACUUCUGAAAUUAAUUCAAAUGCAGCAGCGCGUGAAGGACAUGCUCAAACGUUGCGAGGAGAUUGUAUCGCUACCUUUUCUCGUGCAAAUUAUAUUCAGUUCGAUGAUUAUUUGUUUUACAGCUUAUUAUCUGCAAAGUGUAAGUUCUCUUUGGAAUUUCGAAAGCUGUUAAUGCGAAAUACUUUUUAUUUUUUCGAUGUGUUUAUUUAGUUAAGUUUCAGCAAU